UAGGGUUUUACUAUUAGAAACCCUAACAUUCAAAUUCUCAUUUCUCUUUGAUUCUUCAAGCGCAGCGAUCGAACUCUAACGACAAUAUUUUAUCGAGCGUCGCCUGCUCUCUCCAACCGACUUAAUUUUCUGCAAUUUCCGUCAGAAAAGCGCGAAUUAAUCUACUUCCCGCUGAAUAGCAGGGGUUUUUUUAAUCCACCUGAAAUCUUUGCCGUAAGAUUCGGCCGUCAUUAACAAAAUUUUGGCUCGGAUUUGAAGAAAGUCAGCCGUUACAGGGCUGCUCUUUAAUUACAACGUAACAAAACACUAGAAUCUCUAGUAUUAGCUUUUUUCACUUGAGUUUAUUCUUUUAUGGGUAUGGAAGUCCAAGUCGCGGGAGCCGAUAAUCUCACGGAAAGGAUGGGUUCGGCGCUGAAUAAAGAGUUGCUUUCCGUAGCCAGGCUGUGGAUUCGCCAGGCCCUCACAUCUGUCCUACAGGGGGAUGCCACAAGUUAUGAUCAUCUCAUACAAGAGCUUAGUAAUAUUGAUGCUGGAGACCCUGUCCAAGAGGCAAAUUUGGUGAUGACAUUAAAGGCACUCUCCCAGGCAGUGUCAUCUAUUAAUGAGCAUCACCACGGUACUCUUCUUAGUUGUGUCCUUGGUAUGAGCUUUUGGAAUUACAGUCUGGAUGUAGCAGAUGUGUUAAUGGAAUUUAUCAUCAAUUUGGCGACGUCAAAUGGAGGGUUUGUUGACAAGUGUUUGGACAUGCUUGUCAGAAAUUUCCUUCCUCCUUCAUGUGGAUUGCCACUUCACAUGGAUUCCCUAACCAGGAGACAGAUUUUAGGUGGGCUUACUGCAGAGCAACUUCUUUUGAAAAAAGAGGAUCACCUUGCAAGGAAAAGUGAAAUUCUGGAGCGUGUUCAUUUGGCAAUACAACAAAUUGCAGAACUUGUGCCAACUGCUGCUUUAAGACUGCAACCAAUAAUCCUUCGAAGGAUGCCUCACAGAAUUAUUCAUAAAGAUUGGAAUGCUUUAUAUGUGGAAAACAUGCUUAGGGUGGAAAGUAGUGCAGUUGGAGAAAUCAUUGGUAGCAGGAUACUUAUGGCAGUGGUGGACAGGCUUAUUGAGAUUGAUGUUGAAAUAAGAUGGGAACACAUUUUACAUGAAGACUCAAGCAAGGUCUAUGUAUUUGAGAUGGAGAUGGAAGAAGAUGAAGAAAAUGAAGAGGAUCCAGGAAAACCUGGAAGUGAGGCAAAUAUUCAAUUUGCAAAAUCAUCUGAUGGUAAGCAGAGUUUGGAUGAAGUUGCAGAUAAGAUGGAUGUGUUAAUGGAGUUGGCAUUAAAUCAUCUAAACAUAUGUGCCCACGAGGGUCGUCUGCCACAGGUCUACAAUACACUCAUGCAUUCAUUUCAAUCCACAAUUUUGAAUACUCACAAGUCAAAGUUUACUCAGUUCCUCAUUUUUUAUCUCUGCUCUCUUGCUCCAGCAACGUGUGGUGCAAAUUUUGCAUCUUUGCUGUGUGACAUAUUUGUGUCUAAAUCUCGAUCACCGAAUACAAGAAUGACUGCAGCUGCUUAUCUAGCAAGCUAUUUAGCUCGUGCUAAAUAUCUGCCUUUAUUUGUAAUUUCUGCUUCGUUAAAGAGGUUAGUAGAUUGGUGCUUGCAAUACACACCUCAACAGAAUAAUGAGAAGAAGACCAUAAAUCCAGGAUUGCAUGGUGUCUUCUAUUCUGCAUGUCAGGCAAUUAUGUAUGUGCUAUGUUUCCGGUUAAAAUUGCUUAUGGAUGAUCCUAAACAGAGAUUGUUAAUAGAAGAAUUGCCACUGAAAAAUAUUCUAGAGCACAAGCUAAGCCCAUUGAAGGUUUGUUUGCCAUCAGUUGUGGAAGAGUAUCUGCGGCAGGUAAAAGCUGUUCAUCUCUUUGACGUUUCACAGUAUACAAGUGCAAACAACAUGCUGGAGACAGAAGAAUCUAAGGCAUUUGGAGGAGUUGAGAGACUUGACAUGUUCUUUCCAUUUGAUCCCUAUUUGCUGAAACAGUCGGACAGGUUUGUAAGGCCAAAUUUUACAUUCUGGUCUAUGGUCCCAACUCCGCAUGAUGAGGAUGAUUUGGACGAUCAGGAAGACCAUAUGAUUUCUGAUCCAUGGGAUGAAGAUUUAGAGAAUGUAGAAAGACAUACACUAAGAGAAGGUUAUGAAAGUCAAAGUGAUAAUGAAGAUUUUGAGGAAUUUGAGUGUGCAAUGAACAAAAUGUCUAUUACCCCAAAACAUACAGCAUUUAGAGUACCUGCAAAGUUGCUUGCAUCUGCAGAACUGAGGCCAGAUAUGCCUGCAAGGUUAUAUCCCACAGCAAUUUAAACUGGUGAUUCCUUUGGGUGGCAGGACUGUUGGGUUGGUUCUCCAUUGUUUUUUACCAAAUUGUAAUUUACCAAUUUUUUUUAGAAGUAUAGUUUUGCGAUCUUAGGAUUUGUAUUGUUGAAGAAGAUUAUUAUUUGACACCAACCUGGGUUCGAAGUAUGAAAGUGGUUGUUGGGCCUUGUAAGGUCCACCGGGAGAAAUGUAUUUUAAGGUAGGCUGAAGGAAGGCCUUUAGAGCUCUGCGGGGAGUUGAUAUAUUGAUGCUUGCAUGUGUAUGUAACAAAGGGCAACAAAGUUUUGACCGGGUGGAUUAUUUAUAACUAUUUUUCAGCUGUAUGGAAACAUUGGAGCUCUCUUUUUCUUGAAUUAUAAUAUUCAAUGAGCAUAA